UUGUAUUACUAACUUCGCAGUAGACAUGACAAAAAGCUUUUGUUGUGAAGAUUUCAAGGGUAAACAAAAAGUUGUGUUGUUAAAAUAAAAAGGUUUGGCUUUGAAAACUCUGUUGAGAAUUAAACGAUUAUCGUAGAAAUAAAAAUAAAAAUGAGCCAAUGAUGAGUUUUUGUUCUAAAUUUACUUUUCUGUGCGGGUCCCAACCGAGCUGGGAAUAAAAUUGCUUGGAUCAAUGUUAUCAAAUAUUGCAAAUUUUAACUAGAAAAUGAGAGUACCAGCAGAAAUUUUGGAAAAAAUUCUUUUGAAGUGCGACGGUAAAACCUUGUUGUCUGCGCGAAAAUCUUGUGGUUUUGUGCGAAGCACUAUAGACUAUCUGACUGAGAAAUCAAAAUUAUGGGAAUGGUGUUGUCAUGAAGAAAUACCCAGUGAUGAACUUGUAGAAUACUUACCAAAAUAUGACAGUUAUUCUAAAGAAAAAUGGCUUUAUAUUUAUGUAAACUGGUUGUCAUGGGAAGAUUACAAGAAAAUUAUUAUUUUCGAUCCAGUAUUAUGUCCGAUAAAAUUUCAGAAAAUUUCUUGCAUUGCAGUUUCAAAUAAUCAUAUUGCAAUUGGCUCUGAGGAUGGCAGAGUUAGAUUAUUUACAAAGCAUUGGAAACCACUUUAUGAAAACCGUGUUGUAGCUUUGAAACUCACAAAGUUGACCUUUUUAGAAUAUAAUGAUUUUGAUCAUCACAAUUAUUUAGACAUCUGUCUCGUUAUAGCAUAUCCCAGAGGAUUGUCUAUUAUUUCAUUUUAUGGAGUUGAAAGCUCUCAAUUUGAUAUUUUGGAUAUAAAGUCCCACAGUAUCCACAGAAAUUACAUUUGUAUUGAAAAAGUGGGUGGUAGGAUGACCAUAAUAAAACUGAUCAACGAAAAUGGUAAACGGGAAGUAAAAGAACUCUGGUUUACUAGAAUAUACUCCCCACAGUCUAUAACAUGCUACAAGAUGUGGAAUGGAAUGUGCACGUUUCUAAUUAAUGAUAGUAUCAAGGUAUUAAACUAUGACAAACCUGACCUAACUCCAAUGGAAGUGAUGCAGAAAAAGACAAGCAUUAAGUUCUAUGCACCAUUGAUGAUUGAUAGCUCGAAUACACAUAUAUUGAGGGAUAAUAUUAUUAUUAGUACUUAUAAAAAUAACUUCUCAGAUAAAUCCUCAAACGCCCCAGAUUUUAUAGAAGACUACAUCGAAAUCAAUAUAAUAGGGAGGCACAAUAAAUCUAGCAAGAAAUUGUUUAAUAUUUGGGAAAUAUUCAAGUGCAACAUUACAUGCAUUUACCUGUAUGGCAACACUUUACUACUUGGAAGUGGUUGUGGUGAUCUUUAUUUCUAUCAUGUUUCCAAUUGGAGAAACCUAGAUUUGCGUUAUUACAACCAUAGGCAGAUUGUAGGAAAACAUCCUAUAAUCGAAAUAACUGUCAAAGAAUGCAAAAAAGAAAGAAAGUUUUAUGUCUGCUCAAAAUUCACUAUUCAUGAAAUAUCAGGAAUACUACCAAAUGUUCUUUAAUCUCUUUUCGGGGUAACUCUUUUUAUGUAAAGUAUAAUUUUAGCUGUAAAAGUAAAGAAUUACAAUCUAGGAGCAAAAUUCAACAGGAACAUUAGCAAUACCAAAGCCGGAAGUUAUUUUGUUACUUUAAUAUUAGAUUUUUAAGUAGACUAUAUUUAACAUUUUAUAAUAUGUUUGCUUCCUUGCAAUGGAUUUUGGUGUUUACUUGUUGAUAAUGAAUUGGAAUGAAUGAACUGAAAUGAAACACAUUUAAGAAGUUUAUUACAGUGCAAUCUCUCUAAUCAGAACACCCAACGAUACUGCAGACUUGUUCGCAUUAGUCCUUUAAGCAGUUAAGCAACGGACUUUGGGCAAUUAUCAGUUCUCUGAAUUAGAUUUUCCCUUAGGAAAUCAAAAAUAAUGCCAAAAAGAACAUGUAACUUUGGUACUCAAAUUUGACUAAGAAACGCCAUUCAUUGAGUUUGUGGUUUUCAGAGCAGAUACAAAUACUAGAAAAACUGCCGGGUUUUAAAAAAUAUAUAUAUUUAAUCAGAUUUUGGCAGCAAAAAUAUGUAAAAGUUAUUUUUGUUUAAAAAUGUUUGACUGUUUUUGAGUAAACCCCACUAGGUUUUUAGAUUUAGGUUUAAAUAAUUUUUCUUCGAUCCGAACUCUAUUUAAAGGUGGUACAAUCUUUUUUCGCCAUUUUUUCAAAAGCGAAUCAAUUUUGUUACUUAUCGACUUAUUCGCUAAUCGGAAUAGAUCGUUACAACUAGCUGUUCCGAUUAAAGAGGUUGCACUGUACUUUCAUAA